GUGAUAGACAUCUAUUCGUAAGCAUUGAUUUCUUUGCGGUGCUGCUUGGACGAAAUAACACUAAUAACAGCAUGCUUUUACAGCUGCACACCUUGGGACUGGCUUCUCUGUAUACAGGGAGCACUAUUAAAAAUUCUGACUGCAUUUUGCGUCUAUUUAAAGCAUAAAUUGAAGUUUUAAUGAUACAGGUUUAUCAUGGUAAUACAAUGAAAAUAAAUAGUUCAAAUGUACGUACGCAUAGAAUAAAUAAGGAUGUUUUUACGAGAAGAAGCAGGUGGUAGGCAAUUUUCUCGUAUCAUGAUCUAGGAAAAUCACGGGAAACUUAAAUCAGGAUCCCUGGACAGAACAAACUCAUUCUCCAUAAUAUGAGAUCAGUGUCUUAACAAAUGCAUUGGUUCAUUCGGUUGACCAUAUUGUGCAGUGUUCUUUGAUUUUCAGAAUCAACAGAAGAUAACUUACAACAUGAAAGAUAGUUUUGCACUGCGUCACUGAACACGCCAUGAGCAGCCGCUACUUUACUGAAGGAUGACAAACAUGAUGCUAUGCCUCUUGUAGUUUCUUGUUUGUGUUCAGAAAACACUCGAGGCCGUAAACAUGCUUCGAUGCACCAUAUAUGUAUCCAUGAUAUUAUAUGUGUAGAAUUCUGUAUUAAUUAUUUCGAUCCUGUGUCACUCUGCAAACAACCUCCCGCACUUUAAUGUAUGAAAGUUAUCGAGUACGCAUGGAAUCGGUUGCGGAGCAGCUUUCGAUAUUUGACCUUCAUGUAAUAGUUGUGAUUUGGUAGAACUGAUGAGUGUGGCCGGAGAUCUGACAGCGGCUUGUUUGUUGUAACCAACAUUGCGUAAUUUGUUACUUUCAUCGUGAAAUUGUUACAAUGAUACAGGGACGAGCUCUUCAUUUUGUAUUCAAAGUUGCAGACAGAACAUUGACAGCAAAAUUUUAUAGAGAAGUGCUGGGAAUGAAGGUUUUGCGACACGAAGAAUUUACUGAAGGUUGCGCAGCUGCAUGCAACGGGCCAUAUGACAAUCGAUGGAGCAAAACAAUGGUUGGAUAUGGCCCUGAAGAUACCCAUUUUGUUGUGGAACUCACAUACAAUUACAAUGUUCACUCAUAUGAAAAAGGAAAUGACUUCAUUGGCAUCACUGUGCGAUCAAAGGAAGCUAUAGAACGCGCAAAAGCAGUUGGUUGGCCACUGGAGCAGGAGAAUGGAUUACAUGUUGCAACAGCGCCUGGAGGUUACAAAUUUUUCCUCAUCAAUGAUUCGCAGCCAACUGGUAGAGAUCCUGUAGAGAAAGUAGCACUGGCUAGCUCUAAUCUCAGUAAGUCUAUUCAGUAUUGGAAUGGCAUUUUAGGUCUAAAAAAAUAUAAUGAGACAGGAACAUCUGUGCUUCUUGGAUUUGGUGACAACCAAGCAAAACUGGAAUUGUUUGACGUAGGCAAACCAGUUGAACAUAAAACAGCAUAUGGCAGAAUUGCUUUUUCAUGUCCAUUUGACGAACAACCGAAAAUAAAUAAGAAAAUUGAAGAAACAAAUAAUACAAUUCUAACACCACUUACAUCUCUGGAUACACCAGGGAAAGCAACAGUAAGAGUAAUAAUUCUCGCAGAUCCUGAUGGCCAUGAAAUAUGCUUUGUUGAUGAUGAAGGUUUUAGAGAGCUGUCCAAAGUAGAUCCAGAAGGGGAAGCUUUGUUAGAUAAAUACAUAAAGAAGGAUCUUGAAAGAAUGAAAACAGAGUAAAAUAUCUAACCAAUCGCUGUUAAUUACGUGAUACGUCAGUGGUCCCUAACUUUUCAUUGAAUAGGAGACUGAAAGCUACUGUGAUGGCAAUUUCAUCAAAGUAUUACUCAUUUAUUUUUCUAAAAAUGCUUGAAAAGUAUUAAGGUGUAUUUGUGUUAUACAUAUCCCAGGUACUCUCAGCACAUUUAUGCAUCUGUUUUUAAAAGUGUAUGGCUAUGCAAUUUGUAACUGGUGUUGGUGCAAUAGAUGUUUUACUGCUAUGCAGAAAUAUUACUUUGUUAUUGUAUGCAAAUUUUACAUACAAAUUAAAAUGUUUGUGAAUUUUCA